CUUUAUCUUUGUGUUGUGAUUUAUUAGCUUCAGUUCCGUCACUAAAAACUAAUUGAUCGUCUAUAAUAUCUUACUUAUAGCGGUCUAAUUGAUUGCUAAACGUUUUUUUAUCGCCUCAGAAUUGAAAAUUACCAGAUCAUCUGCUUAUUUUGACCAUACCAUAAUUUACUUCUUUUUUUAAUUCUUCUCAUGCAGAAAUCUUAAACCCACAAUCAGCUUUUCUCAGUUUUGAUGUGUUUGAGACGGUUAGAAAAAUUUUGAGAAAAGUAGAACCAAAUUAAAGCUUGUAUAGGCGCAUUUCUAGUCCUUUUUCACUCUCUUUGGGAAGCCUUCAUAGUAAAGAGCUUGCGCGAGAAAAGCUUUCAGAGAACAGUCCUCACAAUUUAUCUUCAGUUUCCAUCAAAAUUCAAAAAGAGGUCUUCUUGGUCAAAAUAAUGUCAAUCAUUCAACAUUUUAUGGCCAAUUUAUACCUGUCCCUUUUUCAGCCUUAUUUCCCUUAGUUGCUGUCCUUUUGGUUACUUCAUUAGAAUAAAAGCAUCAUUUUGGUAUUUUAUUUAUUGUUUUGUCUUCCAAAUGCCAACUUUGGACAUAAAAACUAAAAUAUUCUUUCCCUCAGAAGAUUAAAAAUAUAUAUAAAAGUUUCCGCGUUUCAUUAUUCAAGUGUGCUUGAAAUUACAACUCAUACUUGCAGAAAUUGACAGUUUUAUUAUCCAAUAUUUUUUGUAUCAUAUGCGAUGAACAAGGUCCAACUUCAUUUUAUAACUCAAGUUUGAUCUCAGACUUAUAUCAGAUUUGUAUUUCUGAAGUGUGAAUGAAGAGAUCUUAACAGUUACAAAAAAUUAUGUCGCUUUUACGCCUUAUGGACGCGUGUUUAAAUCUUGUGGUUUUCGUAGUUAUCUUGCAAGCUUCUGAGAUGAAAAAAAUUGACGAUUUGCCGGCGCUGUCUGAUUUCCGAGAAAGAGUAUCGUACCUGAUCAGCGAGGCAUCUAUUCUGUCCCAGUUCAAGGUCGACCUUGACUACGAGGCACCACACAUUGCUCGUGACUCGGCGAUCAGAGUUGGGGCUAUUCUAGAGAAGCACUUCCAGAAACUGAAGCAGAACUGUGAAUACCUAGAAUUGGAAGCAAGAUAUGCAGAGGAAACCCCGGAGCAAACCAAUACGGAUUUUUUCCCGGCAAAGAAUUUGAUGGAUUUCAAUAUCAGUUUGGCCUUCAGCAAAAAACACGACAGGCUGGUAAGCUUGAACGGCACUUCAGUCCACAUACCGACAGACAUCUACUAUGGAUCCCGCGACAUCCGGAGAGACCUUCACUGGACCCAGGAAAUCGAUUUCAUCUUCAAAACCCCCCUCCUCAGCGACCAUGAAAAGUUCCAGCCAACCUGGCAGUAUUUCGCCAUGGCCAGUGGGCUCUUCCGACUCUACCCGAUGAGUCCCUUUUUGAUGAGUAAGGUAUACGACUCUCGCCUGCAGGACUGGUACAUCAACACCGCCACCAGUUCCAAGACUGUCAUCAUUGCAUUAGACAGCAGUGGAAGCGUAACUGGCUCAGUUUACAAGCUCAUUAGACAAACGGCAAUCAUUCUUCUGGAUACUCUAACGGACCAAGACUUUGUGAGCAUAGUGUUUUUCAAUGACAAAGUUCACCCCAUGAUAACUUGCAAUGGAGAAGUUGACGAUGUCGAUGACGUAACAGAUGACACAACAACUGCUUCAGACGCGGAUGACGCAACCGAUGAUGUGACGCAAAAACCGACCAAUGGGAACAAGCCUAUGAAGUUCAUCCAGGCGACUCCUAGAAACCAAGAGCGUCUGAAGGAACUGGUUUGGAUUCCAUUUGAUACAAGGAAUAUUGCUAAUUUUGAGGGAAUGUUCAGGACUGCAUAUGAGGCAUUCGGGCGAGAGCGAGGGAAGCGGAAAGACGCGGGAUACACUUGCAGUGAUAUUCUGAUGGUAAUCAGUGACGGAGGAGAAGGCGACACUCAAAUCAUGUUUUCUAACCUGGGCGAUGCCGUGAACAAAGACGUGCGGGUGUUCACUUACGUGGAGGGUGCGGCAUCCUACCAGGACUACUACAUGAAGUGGGUUGCGUGUCACACUAAGGGGCUAUUUCACGCCGUGCCUUCUAUGGAAGCUGUGCACUCCAGUGCCGUGCAGUACAUUAGAGUCAUGUCCACCCCCAAUGCGAUAGAUUACUACAAAGUGUACAGACUAUCCGAAGCUGUUGUCCAGAGGUGGACCACAGGGCAUCUCGGACUGGUGUGGUCAUUAACAUGCCCAGUCAUAAAUGCGUCAGACGCCGAUAUAACACAACAAGUACAGUACCCAGGCCCCCAGCCCAAUGCCCAAAACAAGCUGCUCGGCGUCACUGGCGUCGACAUCGCUCUUCGAGAUUUGGACCAGUACUUGUUCGUCGAACGAUUGGGUCCUCUUUCUGUGGCAUUUGUAAUGAAUUCACGCGGAAAUUUGCAACUUCAUCCCGUGCUCAAGUUUUUUGUCACCUACAAUUUCGAACAUCAUCAGCUCAAAGUUAAGUUUAGCAGUGCCUUCAAUUUUGUGAACCAAACUUUGUCUAAAGUGUUUUACCAAAGACUUUUGAAUGGAGAAAGUGAAGUCAGCAAAGUGGUUGCUGACCUAUACACGAACAUUGAUCUCUAUGUUUACAAAAGAAAAGCUGUUUUCGAGGUUUUUCGCUACAGGGAGAGUCGAUUUCACGAAAUGCUUUAUAUAGGAAUAGCUCAUUUUUCCGAACCAAUUUUACAAAUGGAUGCGCUGAAAGAUUCUUUUUUUAUAAACCCAAGUGUGACAAGUUUGUUAGCUCGCGCAAUCGAGUCUAAAGACCUUCGCUGUGGAAACAAAACAGGUGAGCCGGGUUGUUUUCACGUAUACAUAUCUCCGUGGCCUUAUUGCCCACCGAAGCUGAACUUGUCAAAGGCCACUGACCCAACUCAAAUUCUAACCGAGAUCCAAGACCUCAUGUACGUGGGCAUUGAUGCAUCUACCUGCGAUUUCGCUCACGACCAGCACGACGACUCGCAACUUCUUCAAAAUCUUCUCGCUUCGCUCUUCAUAGUUGAGAGAUAUCUUUCUUCGCCUCGGCAGUCGGAAUACACCGACUUCGUCGUCACAUUCGGAGGUGCCUCGGCCACUUUGAACUCCCAAUUAGCGCAAUCGGAUUGGUGGGCUCAUGUUGCUGAUCCUAAAGAGUCUUCGCUGUAUAAACGAAAUCUACUUAUGAGCGAUUUUUUCGGGGACAAAAAUUUAAUCAUGUUUUCAACAGAUGACGAGCCCGGACACACAGUGGCCGGGGUGAAAUGCGCGGGUAUUAGCAGCCGUGAGUUUGAAUACAAACAUGGCGCCCUGGCUGUAACCCGGCUGCUGCAGAGUUGGGACUUACCUCCUUUUGGUCUUUACGGCCAAGUUUUGGAACACCAAAAGCUGCUGAACCAAAUUUUCAAUGGAUUCGACGAAGAAUGUGGCAAAGAAAAAGUGUGUUACGCCUUAGACGAAGGCGCAUCAGUCAUUGGUUUCAAAAGAAAGAACGAGCGUGAACAAACGCAGCAUAUACACAUUGGAGAUCACCUGUCUAUGUACAACUUAUGCCUUAUGAACGCACUGGUGAAAUAUGAAAUUUAUCAACAUUAUGUUUACGAAGACGCCUUCUGUUUUUGCCCACAAGAGGCGCCCCAGAAACCCAAAAAAAGUUUUUCGACUCGUUCUCCCUCUAAUAUAUUUUAUUUCAUUAUCAGCAGUGCCUUAAAAUUACUUUCAUCAAUCAUGUUUGCAAUUAAUGUCCUUUUAUGGUCAUCAUGUCAGUCAAUUUUAGUUGAAUUUUUUACAGUUAUCGAUUCUUCAAAAUUUGUCGAUUCCAAGGAUGUUUUGUUCAAUUUCAAAACCGAGCAACAGCAGUCGCUUUGUACAAUAGCUUUCGACAAAUACCUAUAUACCGAAAAGGUCAAAAGUCUAUUUGGAAACUCGAAAUGGAAUUUAAUUUACUCCAAAAUUCCGAAUGAGAAUGGCGGGUGCUCAAUUUGUGCAAAUGAAGAUGAUUAUUUCAACCUCGAAAGACUUGAUGGCACGAACUUGAUUCUUAUUUCUGUAGCGGUCGGUCAGGAUUUCUGCGCUGCGAAACAGCCAAAACCGAAGAAUUACUGGAAGAAGGAAAGAGAUUUGUGUCGUGAGAAAGACGAGCAGUCUUUUUCCGACCAAAAAUGUCCCUCAGCUAUCCAUGAUUUAGAGCCCACGGGAUCACGUGACAGUCCAUACUGCUCGUCAGCCGUCCAUGCUUCAAUCAACAUAUUUUCAAUACUUUUCCUUAAAUUUAGUUUCGCAUCGUUCCUUGUUUUCAUUGGUUGAAACAUUUUCAUCGUGAAUUUACUAUGCA